AGGGUUUCGAAAAAACGAUGAAAUGAAAGCUAUGGAUGUUUUGCCAAUUUUAAAGGAAAAAGUUGCAUACCUUUCAGGUGGCAGAGACAAGCGCGGGGGUCCCAUCCUUACCUUCCCGGCCCGCAGCAACCAUGACAGAAUACGGCAGGAGGACCUCCGGAGGCUCAUCUCCUACCUGGCCUGUAUCCCCAGUGAAGAAGUCUGCAAGCGAGGGUUCACGGUGAUUGUGGACAUGCGCGGGUCCAAGUGGGACUCCAUCAAGCCGCUGCUGAAGAUCUUACAAGAGUCCUUCCCCUGCUGCAUCCACGUCGCGCUGAUAAUCAAGCCAGACAACUUUUGGCAGAAACAGAGGACUAAUUUUGGCAGUUCUAAGUUUGAAUUUGAGACAAAUAUGGUCUCUUUAGAAGGCCUUACCAAAGUAGUUGAUCCUUCUCAGCUAACGCCCGAGUUUGACGGCUGCCUGGAGUACAACCACGAAGAAUGGAUUGAGAUCCGACUUGCUUUUGAAGACUAUAUUAGCAACGCGACCCACAUGCUCUCUCGGCUGGAGGAGCUCCAGGACAUCCUCGCCAAGAAGGAAUUGCCCCAAGAUUUGGAGGGGGCGCGGAACAUGAUUGAGGAGCAUUCCCAGCUGAAGAAGAAGGUGAUUAAGGCCCCCAUAGAGGACCUGGACCUAGAGGGACAGAAGCUGCUGCAGAGGAUUCAGAGCAGCGACAGCUUUCCCAAAAAGAACUCUGGCUCAGGCAACGCAGACCUGCAGAGCCUCUUACCCAAGGUGUCCGCCAUGCUGGACCGGCUGCACUCGACGCGGCAGCAUCUGCAUCAGAUGUGGCACGUGCGCAAGCUGAAGCUGGACCAGUGCUUUCAGCUGAGGCUGUUCGAGCAGGAUGCUGAGAAGAUGUUUGACUGGAUCACACACAACAAGGGCCUGUUUCUGAACAGCUACACCGAGAUUGGCACCAGCCACCCUCACGCCAUGGAGCUCCAGACCCAACACAACCACUUCGCCAUGAACUGCAUGAACGUGUACGUGAACAUCAACCGCAUCAUGUCAGUGGCCAGCCGCCUGGUGGAGUCGGGCCACUACGCCUCCCAGCAGAUCAAGCAGAUCGCCAGCCAGCUGGAGCAGGAGUGGAAGGCCUUCGCGGCCGCGCUGGACGAGCGCAGCACCUUGCUGGACAUGUCAUCCGUCUUCCACCAGAAGGCUGAGAAGUAUAUGAGCAAUGUGGACUCGUGGUGCAAGGCCUGCGGCGAGGUGGACCUGCCCUCGGAGCUUCAGGACCUGGAGGACGCCAUCCACCACCACCAGGGGGUGUACGAGCACGUCACUCUUGCUUACUCCGAGGUGAGUGCUCAGCUCUCGUACUGCGGGGGGAAAGCAGCACUUCUUUGUGUCAUAACACCUGAAGCCGGAAAGAUCAAAGCUUUGGCUAGCCUAGAAUAA